AACGAGGAAGGCGGAGAAGAUGAGAAGGUCACCAUCUUUGAUAAGACUGAAGUCAACCUGGUUGCUUUCAGAAGAACCAUCUACCUCGCUAUUCAGUCCAGUUUGGACUUUGAGGAGUGCGCCCACAAACUGAUCAAGAUGGACUUUCCUGAGAGCCAGACGAAAGAGCUGUGUAACAUGAUCCUGGACUGCUGCGCUCAACAGAGAACCUACGAGAAGUUCUUCGGUCUGCUGGCCGGGAGGUUCUGUCUCCUGAAGAAAGAGUACAUGGAGAGUUUUGAGGGUAUUUUUGCGGAGCAGUACGACACGAUUCAUCGACUUGAGACCAACAAAUUGAGGAACGUUGCUCGACUGUUCGCUCACCUGCUCUACACAGACUCAGUUCCCUGGAGUGUGUUGGAGUGUAUCAGGAUGAGUGAGGAAACCACGACCUCGUCCAGCAGGAUCUUUGUGAAGAUCCUUUUCCAGGAGCUCUGUGCCUACAUGGGCCUCCCCAGACUCAACCAGAGGCUCAAAGACCAGACUCUGCAGCCGUUCUUUGAAGGUCUGUUCCCUCGUGAUAAUCCCAGAAACACUCGCUUCGCCAUUAACUUCUUCACCUCCAUCGGACUCGGAGGACUGACGGACGAGUUGAGGGAACAUCUGAAAAACGCUCCAAAGAUGAUCAUGACGCAGAAACAGGAAGUGGAAUCCUCGGACUCCUCCUCGUCCUCUUCAUCCUCCUCGUCCUCGUCUGACUCCUCCUCCUCAGACUCCUCCAGCGACUCAGAUUCCGACUCCUCCUCCAGCAGCAGCAGCAGCUCAGACUCAGACGCCAAACACAGCAAGAAGAAGAAGAAGAGAAACGAACAAAGUGAGCAGAAGAAAAAGAAAGAGAAGGGCAAGAAGAAAAAGAAGGACAAAAGCUCUGACAAGAAGCAAAGCAGACACAAGAACACUGAGGAUGACAGUAACGACGAGAAGCAGGCGAGGAAGCACGGGAGAGGCCGUGCACGUGAGGUGGAGGAGCGCGAGCGUGCACACGAGGGCACCCACCAGAGCAGACGAGACGAGAGACCGGAGGAAGAGGAGCUGCAGCGCAAAGACGAGGACAGGAGGCGGAAAAUGGACUCUCAAGGCAGGCAGAGAGAUGGAGAGAGGGAGCGAGAGGGAGACAGAGGGAGGGAUAGGGAUAGAGAGCGAGCGAGGGAGCGAGAGCCAGAGGAGAAGAGGGAGAGGGAGCGAGAGAGGAAUAAAGAGAACAGGGACAAGAACAGAGAGAGAGAGGAGAGGAGGAGGAGAUAGAACUCUUCAUCCCUCCAUCCUGAAGCCGCAGUGAUGGACUGAUGACUGACAGACAAGUGAAUCUUUUCCCUCAGUCAUCCCUCUCUCCUUCAACCCGUCCUGUCACUCUGUUGUUCUGGUUUCGGGACCCAUCUUUCUCCCUCUCUCUCUCUCCUUCUCUCUCUCUCACUCUUUCUCUCCAUCUUUCUGUCCGUCUGUAUUUUCUA